CAAUAUAUUUUACCUAUUUAGCAUUGUUUUUGGGGUGAAACACAGCUUUUUACAUGAAAUGGUACACCACCUAAAGCAUUUCUGAUUACAAUCUUAGUUUGAUAUUAAUUGAGAACCUGAGAUUAUAAAUUAUAAAUUGCUGUUCUUUUUAACCAUCAAUAAGUUGGAAAGCAGCAUAAAAAAAUCAGAGAGAUAAGGGAUCGUCUGCAACCCGAUGGAAACUUUGGUGUCUUGUAGUACCACACACCAGAUUCCUUUCCCUGCCUUGUUUUCCCCUACUAAAUCCGCACCAGCAACACAGUUCAAUUUUUAAAGAAAUAUAUAUAUAUUACACCGUCACCCACUUUUUGUUGUCUUUGCUAAUAUAAUCUUCACUUCCAUCCAUCAUUAUAACAACUCCACUUCUGGUUGAGAUGAGAUUGUUUGUUUCUCUGCAAUGAAAUACCAUUUUUUUCCUUCCUUUUUUACUGCAACUUAUUAUACUCAACUCUUCUGUUUAUUUACUUUUUUAGCAGCUCCACCAUUAGAUUUGGUUAACCAAAACAAAGCAUAACUGCAGUUGGUCACCAUCUCUCUCUUUUUCUUUGCUUCCAUGGCUCAAUAUGUAUAUGUUGCAGAGGCUGCCUGAGAUGUGAAAUCAGGUCAUCAAUGGGUUUCAACAUGAAAAUUUUCCAUUGCUUCUUCAUCUUUCUCCUUCUUCCUCUUCUAUUACUUCCUUCAUUAGCUCUCAACAAUGAUGGGUUCCUUUUGCUUUCUUUCAAAUACUCCAUCCUCAGUGACCCAUUAUCGGUCUUGCAAAGCUGGAACUACGAUGAAGAAACGCCAUGUCAAUGGUAUGGAGUAACCUGCAAUGAAAUUGGAAUGGUAACCAGCUUGGUCCUCCCCAAUAGUCAACUCCUCGGUUCAAUUUCAGAAGACAUUGGUCAUAUCCAGCACCUUCACCACUUGGAUCUUUCAAGCAAUUUUUUUAACGGAACUUUGCCAAGCUCCAUUUUCAAUUCUACUGAGCUCCAGGUACUGUCAUUAGGUGGUAAUGUCAUCUCUGGUGAGUUGCCUGAGACUAUUGCUGGCAUGGCUAGUCUUCAGAUCUUGAAUCUCUCUGAUAAUGCCUUGGCUGGGAAGAUACCACAAAAUCUCACUCUUCUGCAAAACUUAACUGUCGUAUCUCUAAGGGGUAACUAUUUCUCAGGUGAUGUACCAAGUGGGUUUGAUCCAGUGGAGCUGCUUGAUUUGUCCUCAAACCUGCUCAAUGGGACUCUCCCUUUAGAUUUUGGUGGUGGUAAUUUGGGUUUAUUGAACUUAUCUUACAACAAGAUUUCAGGGUCUAUAUCACCGGAGUUUGCAGACAAAGUCCCUCAUAAUGCCACCAUUGAUCUUUCUUUCAAUAACUUAACAGGGGCAAUCCCAGAAUCUUUGGUUAAUCAGAAAAUGGAUUCGUUUUACGGUAACGUUGAUCUAUGUGGGAAACCAUUGAAGAACCCAUGCUCAAUCCCUUCAACACUUUCAACACCCCCAAAUAUGUCUCAAUCCAUAUCGCCAGCCAUUGCGGUGAUACCAAAGCCGAUAGACUCAACACCCGGAGAACCAAACAAUAACGUUCAAACCCAAGCUCGAAGGAGUCUAAACCCAGGCACCAUAGCAGCAAUAGCUGUUGCAGAUUUGGCCGGUUUAUCAAUUAUCACCAUGGUCAUUCUCUACGUGUACCAACUCAAGAAACGAAAUGGUUUUCACACCCAAAGUACGACGAGCAACCUCGAGAAAAAACCAGACGUGAAUCCAGUCUCCACAUUGAUGCCGUCAUCGUGUUCUUCAUGCAUGAAGAUAAAGCUGGUGGAGACGUCGGAAACUGCCAGUUCGGAUAGCGAGUUGGAAGAGAAAAACCAGGAUUUUAACGUGAGCCCGGCUGAGGCGUACCAGAAGGGAGGCAAGCUAGUGAUAGUGAACGAGGGAAACGAGCAGCUGGAAUUAGAGACGUUGCUGAAGGCGUCGGCUUACGUGUUGGGAACGAGUGGGUCGAGCAUCGUGUACAAGGCAGUGCUAGAGAACGGCACGGCAUUUGCGGUGAGAAGGAUCGGAGACAGUUCGGUGGCGAGGUUAAAGGAUUUCGAGAGCCAAGUAAGAGGCAUAGCCAAGUUAAAGCACCCAAAUUUGGUUAAGCUGGUUGGGUUUUACUGGGGAAAUGAUGAGAAGCUUGUCAUCUAUGACUUCGUCUCCAAUGGCAGCCUCGGCUGCUCCAGUUACAGAAGAUUACCGGGCCCAUCAUCAUCGUCACCUUGCCGUUUAACUCUUGAAGGCCGUCUUAAAAUCGCGAAAGGAGUGGGUCGGGGACUGGCCUACAUUCACGAAAAGAAACAAGUGCAUGGCAACAUCAAGCCAACCAACAUACUAUUAAACUCCAACAUGGAGCCUUUAAUAAGUGAUCUAGGACUAGACCGUCUCGUCUUAGCCCGGUCCACGGCUUCCCGUGACGGUCCGCUCGACCCGUAUCAAGCACCGGAGUCGUUAAACAACCUCAAACCCAGCCCCAAGUGGGAUGUCUACUCGUUUGGCAUGAUUUUGCUUGAGCUUCUUAGUGGGAGAGUGUUGUCGGGUCGGGAAUUAGGGCAGUGGGCGGUGCCGGCGGGUUCGGUAGGGGAAGAGAAGAACCGGGCGGUUCGAUUGGCUGACGUGGCGAUAAGGGGUGAGGUGGAAAGCAGGGAAGAAGCCGUGCUGGGGUGUUUUAGAUUAGGGUUUAGUUGUGCAUCGUAUGUGCCACAUAAGAGACCGUCCAUGAAAGAAGCUGUUCGAAUCUUGGAUAAAAUGUCCUAAGAUUCGUCUUCGAUCUCUUUAUGUUAAAACCAAUGAUGCAUUUAAGUCUUAGAGAAGAAAAAGUUGUCCUUUGUUUAUUUGUUUGGGGGUUUAAUUAAUGGUGAUUUGUUUUUUUUUCCUAUUUUUAUUAAAAACUUGAAUGCUUUUCAUAAACAAAGGGAUGGAUUAAUUGUUAA